UGAACAACUCAAACCUUUGGCAAAAUUUUGGCGAGUAUCAAAUAGCAGAUUACCUGAAUUAUUAAACACGGAGAAAAAAUUAAUUCUAAUAGACAGUAAAUUGCAACCGCUAUUAAAUGAUUUAUAUUUUGGAGGAACAUAUGUAGAUGUAAAAGCGAAUAAAAUAGAUGUCAAUACGGUAGACCAAUCUAAAGUCAAAGAAGUGAAAAACUCUUCACAAAUGAAAAAAUAUAAAGGAUAUUUAAAUUUUAUAAACGCAACCAAGUCCUUAAAUCAGUUAAAUUCCACAUUUGGCCAAAUAGUCAGAUUAUCUCAAAAGUUUAAUAUAACUAAUGGCAUAAUUAGCAUCGAACCCAAAGUUAAUAACGUAGUUGUAUACUUAAAUGAUACGAAUGAUCAAAAGAACAAAGAAUUUAUUGAAAGUAUUAACUUUUUUGAACCAAUUAUAAGGAUUACACCCUUUUUUUCAAAAAAAGAAGAAAUGAUAAUCAAACCAUCCACUUUAUUUGAAAAGAGAAACAUCAAUAUGAAGGUAGUAGGUGGAAGUGAAAUUGUUCAGUUUAUUGAAAACAGGCCUUCGAAAUGUAGUGCAG